UUUUUUUUUAGGGGAAAGUGAGCUUUUUUCCUCAUUCCGGUUGUUCAGUUUCUCCUUAUCAAUUCGGGCAAGUUCAACCUCGAAGUUCAAAACUAAUUCCAAAUUUUUUAUUUAUACUAAACUCAUUUUAAUAUAUUUGUUUGAUACGGCUGUCUAUACUUAGUGUAUAUUAGUUUUAUUCAUUUCGUCUAUCUAAAAGUUAUUUUGGAUGGUCUAUAUUCAUUUUCAAUAUAUUAUUAAUUAAAAAUUUCAUUGAACAUCUCCAUUUAUUAUUAUCUAUAGAUAAUAUAUAUCUAAGUUUUACUUAAAUGGCAACAGCAACUAUGGAUUUGGAAAAACCGGCUUUUGCUGCCACAACUACCAGCAAUAUUUCUAAUGGUUCUAAACAACCAAUAAGUUCUUUAACAAAAUUAUUAUCAGAAUCAACUUCAAAUGUUAGUAGUCCUCUAGUAUCAAAGAAUCAUUCAUCAAGUUCUUUACAUAAACUUGAUGAAAAAUCAGAAAAUAAUCUGGAUUUAGCAUUUGAACAACAAGAAAAUGAUGAUUUAGCUCCAUUAUCUAUAGACAUUAAUAAUAGUACUCAAGCAAGUUCAACUAAUUCAACUCAAGUCAUUGAUGGAUUUGAUCCAUCACCUGGAACAACAACUGGACCCUUUACACCAAUCUCUCCUCAUACUCAAACAAGAUCAUAUUCAAAUUCCAUAUCAAAUAGUAACUUUGCUUUUCAAAAUAAAGAAAAACUGGCUCAAAUAAUACAGCAUCAGCAAGUUUCAGCAAUUAAUUCAAGUCCAAGAAUUGUAAGAACAAAUUCAAUUUCGCAUACUUCAUUCUUUGCAACUGGUGGUUAUGGAGGAGAAAGUUUAUCAAUUUCUAUUCCUUAUAGUGCUCCUGGAGGAAGAAAUAGUCAAUUAUCUUCAUCUUUAAAUACUACUAAUUCAACCAAUUCAACCAAUGCAACUAAUAAUACACUUAUUUCUUCAAGUAAUCAUACAAAUAUGUCAAAUUCUUCAAGUCUUAUAGAAACUGCACCUCAUAUUCCAAAUUUACCAAAUGGUCAACCAAUUCUGUCUAUUCAUAUUCAAUCUCCUCAAGUUAGUUCUGUUUCUUCGAUUGAACCAAGAUUUGUUAUUUCUAAACAAAGAGUUGCUCAAGCUCAAGCUGCUCAAGCUGCUUCAUUAAGUUCAUCUCAAAGAUCAGGCUCUCAAUCAGGAUUAUCUUAUUUCUUUUCUAAUAAAAAUAAACCUAAGAAAGAAUCUUCAUCUACUGAUUUAGGAUCUUUCUAUAAUAAUUCAUUCCAAGAUCAACCAAUUGCAAGCUCUCCAACAUCACUUUCAUCAACAGAAUCAAAUGUUUCAUUUACUACUCAAUCAAGACAUAAUUCAAUGGCUAAUUUGAAAAGAUUCUUUAAAAAAUCUCAAAUGCCAACUCAAUCUCCUGCCGUAUCUAAUUUAUCAUCUUCAUUAAGAUCAGCUAGUGCUGUUAAUAUUCCAACAUCAAGUGGAUCUAGUACUCCUACUUCAUUUGGUGGUCCAACUAUAACUGCAUCAUCUUCAAAUGCUUCUUAUUCUCAAUCUCCAGGUACAGGAUUUACUGUAGGAUCUGCAUCAAUAAGUAGAUCAUCAUCAGUAUUACAAAAUAAAAUUAAUUAUCAAGAACGAAGACAAUCAGUUCUGGCACUUAUAAAUGUUCAACAACAAUUACCAUUUUCAAAAAGAUAUAGUAAAUUAGGAGAAAAUUUAGGAGCAGGAGCAGGUGGAUCAGUUAAAUUAAUUAAUAGAUUAUCUGAUAAAAAAGUAUUUGCAGUUAAAGAAUUUAGACCAAAAUAUCAAAAUGAAUCUAAACGUGACUAUGCUAAAAAAAUUACUGGUGAAUAUUGUAUAGGAUCAACUUUAAAGCAUCCAAAUAUUAUUGAAACUGUUGAAAUUUGUUAUGAAAAUGAACGUAUUUAUCAAGUUAUGGAAUAUUGUGAUUUUGAUUUAUUUGCUAUAGUAAUGUCUAAUAAAAUGUCUCGUGAAGAAAUCAAUUGUUGUUUUAAACAAAUUUUAUCAGGUAUUCAUUAUUUGCAUUCUAUGGGUUUAUCUCAUCGUGAUUUAAAAUUAGAUAAUUGUGUUAUUGAUGCUAGAGGUAUUGUUAAAAUUAUUGAUUUUGGAUCAGCUGUUGUAUUUGCUUAUCCAUUUACAAAGACAUUAAUUGAAGCUCAAGGUAUAGUAGGAUCAGAUCCUUAUUUAGCACCAGAAGUUUGUGUAUUUAAUAAGUAUGAUCCAAGACCGGUAGAUGUUUGGUCUGCUGCUAUUAUUUACUGUUGUAUGAUGUUAAAGAAAUUCCCUUGGAAAGUUCCAAAAUUAUCUGAUAGUAGUUUUAAAUUAUUUGCUACUAGAGGUGAAUAUGUAUCUAUUAGUGAAAUGUUGAAAAGAACUCCUGCUGAUGUUGCAUUAUUGAAAGAGCAAAAAGAACAUGAAGCUAAUAAUACUCCAUUAAAUAAUAUGGGAGAUAUUAAAGAAGAAGUUAAUGUUAUAGAUGCUAAAGAUUCUCCACCAAAUUCUGAUGGUAAACCUCAUACAUCUUCAGAAACUGGAGCUGGUAGAUUAUUAUUGGCUUUACCUGAAGAUUGUCGUCCAUUAAUUGGUAAAAUGGUUGAAUUACCACCAGCAUGUCGUAUAUCUAUUGAUGAAUGUUUUAAUGAUGAAUGGUUAAAUUCAGUUAAUAUGUGUACUGUUGAAGAAAGGUAUAAUCCAGAAGGAAAUACAUUUGUUGUCCUUAACUGUGAUGAUCAUGAACAUACUCAAGUUGAUCAAUCCAAGGCUCAUAUUGCCGCAUUUGAAAAGAAGAAGAAGUGAAUGAAGUGAUUGAAGUGAUUUUCUAAACUACUUGCAUUAUAUAUAUCAAAGGACUUACGGGUCUUUUUAAAAAGGGAACUCGGUUACCAGAGCUACUACAAAUUAUUAUUAACUAUUAUUAUAUUAUUAAAUUAUUAUUAAAUUAUUAUUAUUUCUAUUAUUAUGUUUGUUUAUAUUUAUAAAGGAAGUUUGAAAACGUUCGUUAUAGUACUUACUUCUUUUAUUGUUUUACUUUGCCUUACUAUUUUUCUAUUUUUAGUUUUAUACACCAGCAUUAUAUUACUUGUACGU